CAUAAGUUACCGAAGUUGUAAUUUACCAAAAAACACAUUUUAUAAUGAGAAAACAUCUUUUAAGGUCUGUGCAAACCAGAUUGUCCUCAUUCCCAAAAACACGAUUUAAGCAAAAGCACAGUAGAAUCUAGUUAAAUCCCAGGGGUCACUGCAGCCACUUCUCACAUUAUCUCCAUCAUAAUCCUACACUCUUCACCCACUCAUCAAAUGCAAUCUGCAGCAAUAGUAGCCAUGGUAGCCCACGCUAUUCUCACUAUAACCCCAUCUCACCACACUCUCCUUCAUGCACUGUCGACACCUAACCCUUCAGACCCACAAGUUCUCCAAUCCACAUUUCAUGGUGUCUCUCUCAACCUCCCUCGUCCAUCCUUUUCCAUUGCUGCUACUGCCCCCAAGAAGCAGUUUUCCGUGCUUGCUGUAUCCAAGAAAGCUGUCGCGGUUCUUAAAGGUGAUUCUAAAGUUGAAGGCGUUGUCACCUUGACUCAAGAAGAUGAUGGUCGAACAACUGUGAAUGUUCGUGUUACUGGUCUUACUCCAGGGCUUCACGGGUUCCACCUUCAUGAGUAUGGUGACACAACAAAUGGAUGCAUGUCAACGGGAGCACAUUUCAAUCCUAACCGUAUGACACAUGGUGCUCCUGAGGACAAAGUCCGCCAUGCGGGUGACCUGGGAAACAUAGUUGCUAAUGCUGAUGGAGUGGCAGAGGCAACAAUCGUGGACAAGCAGAUACCACUAAGUGGCCCAAAUUCUGUCAUUGGAAGAGCAUUUGUAGUUCAUGAGCUUGAGGAUGACCUUGGAAAGGGUGGACAUGAACUUAGCCUAACGACAGGAAAUGCAGGUGGAAGAUUGGCAUGUGGUGUUGUGGGUUUGACACCAAUAUAAAGAAACCAGCUUGGUCUUCGGCCAUUGUUGUUUGCUUUUCCUACACAUUAGUUACUUGCAAUGGGUUGUAAGUGUUUUAGAAGUUAGUUACUGAAUCCAGUAAUUUGGCUUUAAAACCAACUAAUUUCAAUUAAUUAUGAAUAGAAAAUUGAUUUUAGAUAUUUUAUUAUUUUUAAAUAAUAGUACAGACCAUGGUAUCUGAUUGGAA